AUGCUGGGUACCCCUCGCGAGCAUCACGCGAAGAGCGAGGAAUGGCAGGUGCUCGGCGGCAAAGCUGGGGGUGCACAUGCCGAGAUGAUGAUCAACACAGACGGUUCACGCAUAUUGAAGCCGUUGGAUCAAGGGGCGAGGUGUUCCAGCGAGAUUGCAGCUUAUCGCAGCCUUGCUUGUUCGCCGCUGGCACCGUUUCUUUGCAGCUUCCACGGCACUCGGAAAGUUGAAGGUGCAGAGUACAUGGAGCUGAACAGUGCCUACUUCGGCAUGACGGCGCCAACCGCCACACUGGACAUCAAGAUUGGCAAGAAGACUUGGGAGGACCGGGCGGACCCCGCCAAGAUCGCGAAGGAGUCGAAAAAGUUUGAUGAGAUCUACUCCUCAAGCAGUGCCAUGGAUGGCUUCAGAGUGGCCGGGAUGAAGGCGGGGGACCUGGUGCUAAACUCGACCAACUUGAAGGCACGAUUCAGCCUGAAAACGACGGAGUUCGGAGACUGGCUGCUUCCCGCCUUCCUGGCCUCAGCACCCGGCUUCGGACCUUUGCCCGAGGGCAUGGCCGGCCAGUGCCGCCCAGACAGCCGAGGUUGCGAAGUUGACAUGAGAGCGGCAGCAGAGAUCCUCGGGAAGUUGAAAGCGAUCAGCGCGGCGGCAGAGCAGGGCUUCGGAGGAACUCUCAGAGCAGCCAGCCUUCUCCUAACUCGUGAGAUGAGACAUGGAGGCCGAUGGCAGGUCCAUCUGAUAGAUCUCGCACACUACACAGAGACGGCCGAGAAACGGGACGACAACUUCUGCGAUGGCUUGCAGAAUUUGAUCCGCACAUGGGAAGACUGGUGCUCGACAGAUGUGCCACAGUCCUGGUUCACUGUUUGCUGCAUUACGCGCAAAUGA